UGUGAAGGAAGGUGGCGGCUGUCAGCUGAUGAUCGCAGUUGUCAACACGGCAGCUAAACACAUCAACUUGUUCUUUGUCGCCCAUAUUGCUGAUACCAUCACUACCUGCUCCUUCUCGGUGUAGCUGUUGACUUCGAGGAGGCGGCCAAAUAUACAGUGAGGCUGUAAAUGGCGAUGCCGGCCUUUGAUAAACUUCCUCUGGAAAAUGCAUUGGAAGAUUCUCCACAGGUUAGAUCCCUGGUGGGGGUGUUCAGUGCAGACGCCCGAGCCCUGCGAGACUACGUGACCACUCUUCAUCAGCUCUCCUCUAAGCUCGUUGCUGCUCACAAUCAGCUCACUUCAGCCUAUCAGGAUUUGUCCAAACAUUUGAAAGCUUACAAGUCAAUUAAAUUCUCGGUGGAUAAUGACAGUGAGGGAGUUGUGGCAUCAACACUUGAUCAGUUUGCAGCACAUAUUUCAGAGAUGAGUUCUUGGGAACACAUAGUGGCAACACAAAUUGCAGAUGGGGCUGUUUAUCCUCUGUCAAGAUUCAUUGAUACUGAGCUACAUGAGAUGGACACCAUGUCCACUCUGUAUCAGAAUGCUGGCACAGACCUAGAGAGGGCAGUCACGCGGUACAGUCGGUGCCGUCGACGAGACCCAGAACAAGAACGCCGUGAAUCCAACGAGGAUGUUUACGUGUCCAAAAAAAAAUUUCAUCAGAUGGCCCUUCAUUACUACUCAAAGCUAAAUUUGCUGCAGUUUUCUCGUAAGAGUGCUCUCCUGGAGCCUAUGUUAGGCAUGUUGGUGGCAACUCGAGCACAUUACAACAUGGGACAUGACACGUUGGCUGUUCCUGAAGUUGAAGAUUUUCUCUCCAAUAUUUCUGUUUGUGUAAAGGGCGUGCAAGACGACCAAGCCAAGGAGAGAGAAGACACCCUAGAACUGAUUGAUUCCAUCAUCACACAGUCUCAACUCAUGUAUUAUGCUCAGCCUCCCCCAGACCUUGCUGCCUUACCCCCAGACACUACACUGGCUACUAAGAGUGGUUAUCUUAAUGUCCAGAAGAAGUACAUGGGGGUGAUGAGUUCUUGGGAGCGACAGUUUGUGUUUCUAGAAGGUGGUAAUCUGAUGAGUGUGAUGAAGGGCGAGGCAGGUGGUUCACUUCUUCUGGAGAUUGACUCAUCCACACUUGUUCACGCAACAGACACAGAUGAUCGACGCCAUGUUUUUCAAGUAGCCACCAGCAAAAAAUCUGUGACUCUUCAAGCAUUUAAUGACCGUGAACGAGAUGAAUGGAUGUUAACAAUUCAUAACUUGGCCAAAGAUGGCGGCUACAUCAAGGACGAGAAAACUGCCCCUGCUUCUCUCUUCUCGGGUGUGGGGCAGUUCUUUGCAGACAGGUUCCAUGCUGCUUCUGCUGCCAUAGGUUCAGCUCCCUCAACCCCAACACUUGCUACAUCAUCCAUUUCACCAUCAUCCAGCUCCUCAGCCACAGGGAGCAGUAUAUAUGAAACACCAAUCCCACCAGAUACUCCAAUAGUAUUUGAUCUGCUCACAUCACCAGAAGAAACCUCAAUCAAUCUUGAUGGUGAUGAAGGCAAUAAAGAAAAUGCAACUGAAGACAAGGUGGUGGAAGAGAGCGAAGGAACCAACUUCUACAUUGUCCGUUUCUUGGGUUCCAUGGGUGUUAAUGUGGAUAGAGUUGUUUCUUUCAUAGAUGGCCAAGGCGUAGUCUGUGAGGUGAUGAGGAGGAUCUUAGCUGCUCGAGCCAUCCACAAUGUUUUCUCCACCACCGAGCUGCGAUUCUCCACUUCCAACUCCCACCUAAUACUGUCUGACAGUACCACCAAGGCUAUUCGUCUCCAACACAAACUGAGUGCUGUCGCUUAUUGGGCCACACAUAGUGAAAACCACAAGUUGGUGGGAUACAUCGUGCGACAGAGUGAGAGUGGCGGUGCAGACAACACCAAGUUCUCCUGCUUUGUAUUUGAGACAGAUGGCAGUGGAACUGAUGUCUGCACAGCUUUAGGAGUGGCAGCUAAAGCUGCAUAUGACCAGCUCGUAGAGAAGAAAACUUUCGAGAAAAAGAGAAAACAGGAAACUAAACUCCUGUUGGCCAACAUAGCCCAGCUUCCAGACAUUGAUGAUCCCCCACAGGUGAGCACUGAUGGUCAGUUCCUUAUCUUAGAUGGUGACCUAAGUGACUCUGCCCCUAGGACACCUCCUGUUACUACACGUAGUAGUGAGGUCAAACCGGUCCCAGAUCCCGUAGUGUCUGGUGAAGGAGAGGAUCCAGAAAGUGAAGCCUAGCACUCAUGACAAUCGUAAGGAUUUUAAUAUCCAAUGUGCAAAUAGAAUGAAGCCUUCUGUUUGAGACAAUAUUCCUGUUGGCUGUAUAUAAUAUUCCUAAUUUUCUAUAUAAAAUUAGCAACUCUGGCCUUCUACUUCUCUGAAAUUUGCCUAAUGAAUCUAAUGUGAUUUGAUGAUAUUAACUAUCUUAGUUUCCUUUUAUAGAGAUGUAUUAUCUUGGGACUUUGCCCUAUUGAUGUAGAAGUUACACAUCUGAAAUGCAGAUUACAGUAAUAGGCUUUGUACUGUGUCAGGUGAGUCAACAGACUUCAUUUUUGUAUGUACCUUCAGAGCUCUCUCCUAGCUGGUAUUUGCACCAUUUAUUUAUUAGUCAGAGGAUUUAGUAAUUGGAGGUGUGCCAAAUAAAUCUCAUUGGCUCUUAACCUUAAUCUAAUGGGGAGCUUCUGGUAAUUUGGAUAUUGAAUAAAUAGUUUUCUUCAUGAACUUUUGAGUAAUGAAAAUUUUUUGAACUGUUGACCAACAAAUUAAAUUAUUUCAUUAAUUACAGUACAGUACAUUGGUUUUUCCAAUGUACUGUAUAGUGGAAGCAUUGAUGGAAAAUUUGUAGUCACAAAGUUAAUGUGUAAAUAAUUCUUAAAGUUUCAAAUUAGUUAUACUGUACCUGUAUAGUAUAAAGUUGAAAUUUUGAAUUACUCAUAUGAUAAAGCAACUAAAUUGUGUGUCCAAAAAUUUAAGCCUUUUUGGUCUUCAUAAUAAUAACUAACUUGAUAAACAACUCUAAAAUGCCUAUUGUAUCAGUGACUUAUAAAUGUGUAUAAUUUUCCUACUCACAAAGUAGAAAUGUAAAGGAAGCAAAGCAAAGCUAUCAUGAGAUGUUGUUCCAAGUGGUAUAUGGUGAUCAUUAAGUAUGAUAUUAUCUGUUUCUAGUUGUUACAGAGCUUCUCAUACUCUGCCACGUACACAGUAUGAUACAAAGGCAGUAACCAAGUAUCGUGGCAAAAUUACCAGUAUCAUAUCCCAUUCUGCAAUGGAAAAUACUCUGGUGCAAAGCAAAUGUGAAAUUGCAUAGUGUUAGUGAGUUAGUCGUGAAUGUAUCGGGUAGCUAAUUUUGCAGUAAUGCAGGUUAUAAAGAUCACUGCUUUUAUUUAAGCAGUCAUUUUUCAGGAAACUGAUGUUCCAAAGUUGUAAAAAAAUUUCAUUUCCUUCAAUUAGUUUGGAAAAUUUUGUUGGUCCUCUAUAUUAUGAUUCCAUAAUCUAGUACAGUAUAUUAAACCAAAGUCUCUAAUGUGUAAUGUGUUAAAAUCAAAUCAGCAGUAGUACAAACAAUCUACAGUAAAUCUUAGUGAACCGUCUUUAACCUUAAGUUAGAUAUUUGUUUCAUAUUUAAUCAUAGAACACCAAACUUUUAAAGUGUAUCAAAGUAAAUGUUAUCAUAAAGCAGCAACAAGGUUGUGUUAUUUAACAUCGAAAUCUUUUAUGUGUCUUAAUCCCCUUUCUCAAUGAAAGGAGUCAAAUUUGUAAUGAAAUUUGUCUAAAUCUGGGUAUCUUAAGAAACUGAAAACAAGAUAAUUAUACUAUACAAAAAUAACAUGUAUACAUACACCUAAUGCAUAUUAAUAAUAAAGGCUAAAAUAUUUGAUUAUACUGUACUGUAACUGUAUUAUUUUGAUUUUGUUGGAAUAUGGAAAAUUAUCACAAUCUUGAGCAAACAAUACUUUUGUGAAUUUGUAAAUGAAGUUGACAUGAAUUAAGAUGUUGUGUGAAGUGUCAGGUGGCAAAUGUACUGUAAUUCACACUUUGUAGCCAGAUUGUCAGUAAAUCGAUCAGUAAGGAAAGACAUUUCUUAGGCUAGCUAAUGCAGGCAAAAUUUUGAAAUAAUGUUCUUUAGCAAACAUUAUGUAUAUACAGUACUGUAUGUGGAUAGAUAGAAAGGAGCAUUCUUGAAUUAUUUUUUAUGGUAAGAUCCUCUUAGAAAUUUGGAAUAGUUUUUGUCUGUAAUGGAAAUGAUGAGAAACACUUAUAACAAUACAGCAUUUGUUCUUUAUCAUUCCACUGAAACUUUUGCAUUUUAUUGGAAACAUUUUGUUGGUCUUUCUCACCAUGUCUCUUUCCUUACUUUACAUUACCUAUAUCUCAUGUUCAUGGUUGAGUGACUCAUACUGUACAUCUCAUGGCCUAUUGGUCAUGUGGGCUACAGUCUAAAUAAUCUUUAACCUUACCUCACCUCUUGUGCUUCAGUGUCAUGGUUAGGUUAUGUAAAAUGGGAUUAGGCUGAGGCUUCUUUCAUCAGUCACUAUCUCGCGUUCAUAGCAGAAUGACACGUAAAGUUUCCCCAGUGCUUUUGGCAGCUGACAAUCUCCCACACCCUCAAAUAUUGCUAAGCUGUGACAGAGAGAGAGAGGGGGGUGUGACUUAAGGAAUUUCGUCAUAAUGGUUUAUCAUUUAAAUUAUAAAGUGGUUGAUGUUGGCUUGCCUUAAGAAAUAUGAUUCAAGGUAAAUGUGAGGCUUACUUCAACAGGUAUGCAGCCAUAGAUAUUUUAAAUGAAAAAAUCAGUCGUGAUAUCAGAAAGCCAAGUUUAACUUUGGUGUAAGGAUGAUGGCUUCAUUUAGUCAGACAUGGCAGUGCAGGUGACUGGAUUAAAAUGGGGUUAACUUUUUGUGCUUUGGAAGUUGAAGAUGUUAGAAAUAUGUGUAUGUGUAUAUGUGAUGUUUCUGCUUGGUAUAUCAGUCUUUUUUUUUUUUUAGUACCAUCUCCCAUACCAUUUAUCAACAAAGUGAGGUUUCUGCCUCCCUUGAUCCACUCUGAGCAAAUGUGGGAGAGAGAGAAGAAAGAUAAUAGGUAGGUUGAUCUCUUUAUGUAGCUUUAAUUACUUGUCAUGUAUACGGUAGAAAUAUUCAUUAAGAUUGUAAUUUAGAUUUGGAACCAAUGUCUUACUGAUAUAAGUUUCAUUGGCAAGGUUUGGUGCAAUUGACUAUCAUGGAGGUUGAGGAUGUGAGGAAAUAAGUGCAGUGUUUUGUCGUGCUACUUCUGCCCGCUCCUCUCACUGACUACACUUGUUUAUCUUGCACAACUAUCCCGAACUGGUUCCCUUCUUUUUGAGGCAUUUGAUUCCCAUGAUUCCCCUAUACACCUUCACAAAAAUAGAAGAGGGGGGGGGGGGUGAAGAUAAGGCAGAUAGGUAGACUUUCCUGAGCUAAAUUGGAUAAUUAGGACUGUGUGUGAAUACAUCCCUGGUAAUUUGUAUACCUGAUAAUUUUAAGCAUAUAUUUUUUUUAUGCUCACUGCUAUUACUAAUAUAUUUAGAUUAAUGACUAACCCAUGUUUUGAGUUUGUUAGCUGUUUUCAUCAUUGAUGGUGUGAAGAUAGUCAGAAACUUAGAUGCUGUGGGAAGAAUAUUUCUAUGCUACUGCUUUGAACCCAAGAAGUACAGUAUAGUACUGUCUUGUCAACCCCUAAAAUGACUGUCAUAUACCUGUACUGUAUGUUUAAAUAAGGAUUAGUGGUAUACAUCAGCAUUUACAUUUUAUGGGCAAUGUUUAUGUAAUAUAAGUGUGAUGAACGCCUUGUAUUGAUCUUAAAAUGUUUGUUAUAAAUUACAACAAAAGAAAGUUCUCCUAUUUUAGUCUGACUGAUUUUUUUUUUCUGUACAGGGUUUCCAUAAAUUAUCUGAUCCAUUGAAUAAUUCAAAACUUCAAAUACAUAUUUUGUUUUUGUUUUUUGACAUUAGAGACCUCCAUAUGUAAACUAUGUUCUGUGUAUGUAUUAUAUCUUUGAGGUACAGUAUUGAGUUAUAUAAAAGGGUCAGGUAAUUCAUGAACAUCCUGUAUUUUGCAACAAUGAAAAUUAAUUAUAACAAAUGAAGGGAGAAUCUCAGUAGGUCUUGCUUCUGGUCACCCUGCCCCAGUAUCAGGAAAAGGCUUGCAAGAGUCAAAAAUAAAAAUGAACAUAGACUACGUAUUACAAAAUGCUCGAGUAAUGGCUAUAUGGUUGUUAGGCAGCUAACAUGACUUGGGGAUUAAACUCUCCCCUAGAUUAUGUUUACUUAUUAUUUACAAAGGGAAAUGCCAUAAGUCAUUUUAUCUAAUUGUUUCCAAGUCAUUUCCUGCUAUGGCACAGGUUAUCCAGGAUCACAAGCUACAUGGUCUCUCAUCAUUCAUUGUCUUCGUUUGUAAGUUUACAAUAGAUGUUGUAAUUCUUAUAACUGGUAUACUGUACUACUAUAAUUCCAUGUUUAAUGUGUUAACUUAUUAUGUUUGUUGAUUUGUAUAACCGAAAGUAAUUUGUAUGUUAUAGAGUUUUGUUUAAGAUUACAAUAUGUUCUAUUAUUUCUCUUCUGUUUAUUGUAAUGAAAGGUGAUGGUUGCAGUAAUGAAUUCUUGAGUGGUUUAUUGUCCAUAAACUACUCAAGAUUUUGUGAAUAUGAUUAAGACACCCUAUUGUUUGCUGAUACAAGAAUAUUAAUACUUUACACCUGCAUAAUGUAAUGCCAUGGGUGUAGUCAAAUCCAAGUCAACCAAAGAAGAGCACUGUAUUGAUCAGAUUAUGAAUGAUAAAAAUAUUCAUCAGUGACCAAAGGAAUAACAUAUGGUCAGGCUUGUUAUAAAUAAUCAAAUAAUAUAGUAUGGUCAAAGGGAGUCUAUAUUAUCAGCAACAUAUUCAUCAUAAUAACCUUCAAAAGUACUGUACUGUAUUAUGAUUACUGUGGUAUGAAAAAUUCAGUGAAUCAUCUGGUACUAUACAGGAUAUUAUACAGUGAGACCAUAGCAAAUUGGCCCGAGUCAGCAACACAGUUAUAUUCACUGUCAUUUGUUCUCCCUAACUGCUGUAACAGAUGUGUUGUGGAAUGAGAAAUCCUAUCAGACCCCAAGUGUUGCUGGAGUCAGAAAGAAUGAUUGAUGGAAGAGCCUGUGUUGUUAUUGGUUCAUGCCACACACCACUAUACAGUAUUGGAAUGCUGUUUGCAGGGAUUUAAAAAAUAAGAUCUACAAUAUUGAAUCUUCCAUAUCAGAUACUGUACGGUAUUGAGAUGUAAAUUUUUUAAUGUCAGUUAUGUAUAAUGUUGAAUGGAUAGCAAAUAGUUUACAUGGUCUUUCUUACAACUGACCUUAACAUUGUGAAAGACGAGCAUCCUACGUGAAGGUGUGUGGAGAGGGAGGGAGGGUGGGAAGGAGAGGGUCUACUGGCUCAAUGUUUAGUCAUUUAUGUAAUGAAGUUUCAGUCUUUUAAUUUUUAAAUGCAAGGUGGCUAAUUUCCUGUCAACUUGCAGGUUUAGCAGUUUAUUUUUCCUGAUAUUUGAAAACAAUAAUGAAGUUUACAGAGCUUGAGUCAAAUAAACAAAUAAUCAUCAGUUAAUUUACAUCUUGUAAAAGGGUGGUAGCAUUCAGGUCUUGUAAGAUUCAACACACUUAUUUGCUCCAGUACAGUAAUCCUUCUACCCUCCUCUGAUAAAACCAGAUAAGAAGACUGUACAGUAAUUACAGUACAUAUUAAUGCACACGGCAGGAGCCUAGGUUAUAGAUGCCUUAUCCAGGAAAUGGUAUUGAAGGCUACAGAGCAUUUUAUUUAUAGCAUAGUUUUCUAUUCUGAUUGGAUUUUCAACAAUAUAAAAAAGAAUUUGUUAUACCGGUAUAUGUUCUAUCAAAAAUACUUGAAAACUUACAUCAAAAGUGUAUCUGUCCCUCAUAGAAUGAUUUAAGUACAGUAUAUAUUAAAGUUUCAAUUCAUAUUGUAAGUCUUUGUUGUGUCAUGGUGGGUGAUUUGAUACUGUGUAAAUUUACCAAUUUGUUAUUAUGUAACUUGAGAGCUUAAUUAUACUGAAAAACACCAGAAAUAGGGUAAGUAGACUUAGAUUUGGAAUUGCCUUAAACAGUAGAUGAUUGGUAAAAUAGGUCCCAGUCCUUGAGAGUCCCAAUCCUGGUGAACUGUAUUACUUAGGGUGGAAUCUAUUAGAACUGAGGCCAAUUUGACCCACAACCAUACAGCAUAGUUGCUUUAUUAGAAGAAACUGUAUUAGAAAUGGUUACAUUAAAAUGUUAUCUUUAGCAGCAUAUUACUGAUGUUGGAUGGUGAUGUAAAUACUGCUUUUUAUACUGGCUGACAAUUUUUUGUAACAUUUUGGAAGCAUUGCAUACUGUAUAUGUAAUGGCAAAAUAAUUGAUAACUCAAAUCAGCCUUUGCUCUCAAUAUUCUGAAAGUUAUAGUAAGUUGUAUUUUCCAAGUGAAGAUCAAAUGGGUUCCAGUUCUAAUAGGUCCCAACCUAACCAAACCAUUAUCAUUGAGGUCCAGUCCGAAUGGAUUCCUCUCCAAAUAGAUUCAAAUCCUAAUGGUAAAAUUUAGGUUUAUUAGGACUUGGUCCAUUUGACAUGUGAUCAUUUUUCCACACUAAUGAUAAUUAAAGACAGAAAGUAAUGUUGGAAAGGCAUUCAAAGCUUCAGUCAUGAUUUAUUUAAGUAGAAAUUGUGAACUAAAUGCUGAAACUUAGUGCAAUUAGUUAUAUAGAUGAAAGAAAAAGUCUUAAAACAAGUUGAGUCUUUGGCUGCCAUAUUGCACUGUAGGUACAGACCCUCAAAACUGGAUCUCAGAAAGUUAAAGAUUUUUUAAAGUUGGACAUUAUCUUCCUUGGGUUGGGUUAAAUUUUCUUCUCUUGCCUGUUCUCACAUAGGCCAAGUGACUACCAUAAUAUUAAUUUGCAAAACUACGUGAAAACAAUAAUGAUCAAGAUAUUAGGCUAUUUAUUCAAUCGGACAAUAAUCGCAAAUGAACUCUCUACCUCUGGCAAAUGUCACAACUCGCUAGAAGCUUCUAAAAUGUAAACAAACCCAUUUACUGUAACUCAUAUAACAAAUUUUCUUUGUUAUUUGAGAAGUAAAGCGAACUUUUACAUAGUCUACUCGUAGGUCUGGGGUAACAUGGAGGAGCCAGGACCCAGGAGACCAGAAAAUCCUCAAAACCAGUUUGGUCUUGGUCCCAGAUUUGAAGGUCUAUAUUUGUAGUUAGAUUUUGCAUCCUAAGUACUGUAUGUUUCUAAUAUAUUAGAUGAAUCACUUUCAUUAUAAAAUAUAUAUAUUUUUUCCCAUUUGGGUGACUUUUAAGUCAAGCAUUAGUGAAAACAUAGAGUAUAAAACCCUAAUUAUAAGUAAAUUGUGCAUAUAGGCAGUUUAAACUUUACCAUUCAUUCAUUUGGGUUAUCUAAAAAGUAGUUACACUGUAGUCUGCUUGAAAGCUGGUGUGAAGCUAAACAAGUGAUCAGUUUUGUGAGGCACAGUUUGUAAUUAUGAUAACAGCUGGUAUGUUUUACCUUCAACCUUUGUGGUCGACUGUUCUUCAUAGAGAUGUACUGCAUGAACAAUUGGUGGUGUUCUUGUCAGUUCUGUGAUUAUAUAUACGUACAGUAUAUGUACACAUAUAUUGCAUGUCGCUGUUUCUUGCUUGCUGUGUACUGUAGUGGGUCUUUACAUAAUGAAUUUGGGGGACAUUCAAUUGCUCUUCAUAUAAUUAUUCCAACAUUUGGUGAGGUUUUGAAUAACUGAUUGGGAUGUCACUCUCCAAUCUAACAUGAUAUUUAGAGAGUUCAUACUAUAAAGAGGAGCAUAAAUACCUGCACAGUAUAUUUCAUAUAAACAUGUUGGACAAAUUACUUGAACACAGGAAGAAACUAUGAACUCACAAGAAUCACAUGUCAGAUUUCCACAGGAAGCAGGAUCUUGAUGUGAAUGAUGGAAUGCUAAGAUGAAACCUAAGCAUUUAGGUUACAUUACGGUUGGUUGGUUUGUCAUUGAAUAUAUGGUAUGUGGGAGAUGUCUGUACUGUAGUGCCAAAGGAAAUGAGACAAAAUGGAAAAUUUAUCCUGACAAUGUUAUAAUUUAAAAUUAGUUUUUCCUGUGUUCUAGUUAUUUACCUUAUGCAGUACCUGUAUGUGUGAUACAGUAUACACUACAGGUGUCCCUCCAGUUUUGGAACUUUUCGUUUUUUGGGUAAGAAAUUUUUAGUUACGGAACUUUUAGUUUUCAAGUGAAGGAAUUUCGAGUUGUGAAAUUUUGAUUCACAAACAACUUUUCUGGGGCAUAACUCCUCUGUACCUUGAGGGAUGCCUGUAUUUCAAAUCACCUUUAUAUGAACUGUUUGAAAACUGUCGAAUUGGUCCUUUAGGGUAUACUAUACUGUACUAUAGUAUAUAUAUAUAUAUAUACCGUAGUGUAUACUGCUUAUGUAAGUUAGCUGAAACUUUACCCAACCAUCUUGCAGAAUUCUUCAAGGCAUGUUUCAGUCACUGGUGUUAGGUCAUCAACACUUGAAAUUGAGGACACACAGUCCCUAGCUAAGAUGUACGUGCCACCCAUUUUGACAAUGGGUAAUGGUGUAUACAUUAUUGACAAAUAGAUUAAUGAAAAUGGGAGCUGUAUAUAGUAUUUUUAAGGAGUAUAGUUACUUUUAUAUUAAAUGGAUCACAAGAGUAAAAAAUAGUGUAGUUUGCAAUGUUCACCUGCUCAUGUGAAAGUGUCUUCUACCGGCUUGUGUGUUAUUUGUCAACACAUCAACUUUAAUUCACUUUAUAACUUACUAUAGAUUUAUAUAAUUAAUUUCAGUUAAUUGAAAAUUUCUUAAAGAAUCAAUAGAAAAUAACACUCAGGAUAAAGUUAUUUGCAGUCUUCACAAUUUUGAAUUAUGAAAUAAAAUUUAGGGGAUUCUGAAUAUGUUUUUGGAAGAGUCAUAUAAGUACAGUAUAUACUUUAUUGCUGAUUAUGUAACAUGCACAUACAGGUAUAUACGUCUAUCCUAGUUGCUCAAACAGAUGUUGUUUCGACACUGUGAUGUCAAGGUUUCGACUUACUUCCAUCCGCUGAUAACAAACAGUCGUAGCCACAUACCCCGAUUACGCCACCUAACUGUGCUCUUAACAUCAGAAGACUUCACUUCCAGUUGUAGUCACCUCACGACGGAUUGACGGUGUGGGACAGUGGCUAGGGUAGACGUCCUCCCAUGACCCUGUAUAACAGAUCCCCGUUGAAUAGAGUUGUGUUUUCUUACACAAGUGUUUAACUACUCCCAAAACAGUUCCCAGGAUACAAGGAAUAAGGAAGGUAUGGACAAGAGAUAGAGGACACUGUCUACCAGAUCUCUUUGGACUCCCAGAUAGUUAUACAAACUCUACAAUAUAUGACAUUAUAUUUCUACACACCCAACAACCAUUUGUUUUCAUAAUAAUUAUCUCUUUCUUUGUGAAGUCACUCAUGCCACAUAUAAUUGUGAUAUCCAUUACAUAAACUAAUGCAGAUAUGGAUAUACAGUACUUGUACUGUGGACAGUAUUGGUUAUUAGCUUUGACAUCUAAAACCUCUUGGGAUGCGUCCUUUAUGCAUUGGAGAUUUGUCAUUUAUGCGAUAUAGUUUUGCUUUUGUUUUCAAAGUCAAAAAAUAUUUACAGUGCCAAGGAAGUUAAUAUUAAAUGGUUUAACAUUUAUGACAUAGACAUGACUGCUGUUUAGAAAUGAUUAAAAUCAAUUAUUGGUUUUGGCAACAAGAAAUUUUCUGCCACUUGUACAGUAUAUAACUAUCAGACAUGGGAGAGAGUAGAUUUACCAGUAUCUUCGUGUGCAGCCAUUUCAUAAUACUGUACAGAGGUUAUUAAAGGUUUAGUAACAUACAAGGAGUCUAAAUUGGUUACCUACGGCAGGACACUAUUUUUUACGUACUGUAUCUGCUCGUCUUUUUCGUACUGUAUAAUUAUGCUUGUUUUGUAUUUUGUAAUAGUAGUGAGAGUUACACUUUAUUUUAAGAAUAUGGAAUAACCAAAGUGUAGAAAAAUGUGUAUAAUAGACAGGCUCUUUCUUACAAUAUUAGAAGCUCUCCUAGACAUAAUUCUCUCAUUGAUCUGAGAUACGCUGUGAUUUGAACCUCUUCAUUCAUUAUCAUCAUAAUUUGUAUUUUAUCUACUUGCUGUUCUUAUUUUAUACUGCAUAGUAAUUCCAUUGGCAAUCAUAUGUAUUCAUUUUAUCCUAAGAAAUUUGCCAGUGAUAAUCCUUUUGAAUAUUAUAAAGAUACACCAUUGCUGGUCUCAUUGAUGAUUAUCAUAUCUAGCUACGGUAUUUGUUUUAUUUGUAAAAUAUACAAAGCGGCAUCAACAAGUAUGAAACUGGAGAGGUAAAUGUAUUCUUAAUUUUUUGUAAUACAGUAGACCUGUUAAGGUGCCAUAUUUGUAUACUGCAUUGAGAAAAUUUAUUAUUUUCAUUCACUUAUGCUCUUUGUUCCUUAUCAGUUGCAAGCUGUUUGAAAGGUUGCUCUUUUCUCAGAGUCUCACAGUCAGCAGGUACUGGACACAUACUGUUUGCUCAGGGGCCUGACUGUACCCACCAUCUGCCAGUGGUGAGAGUCAAAGAAAUGAAUGACCUCCUGAAUGGUUAACAAGUUGACAAGGGUGAAUUGUGUAAGGUAAGUUGUCAUGGAAAUACUGCAGUAACUCUUGUUUGUGGCGUCACCUAAUGUACCGUACGUUAAAGUGUAAACUUUACUGUAUUUUUUGUAACGAUUAAUUAGAAAACAAUUAUUUUGUUGUAUCAUUAAUCAAUAACAUACUAGUCAUUAAA